AUGGAUGAACCAGAACGUCAUACUUUUAGGGUUUUCAACCAAGACUUCACUGUCGAUAGAAGAUUCCAAUUGAUCAAAGAGAUUGGACAUGGUGCAUAUGGGAUCGUGUGUUCUGCGAGAUUCACAGAAGCCACCGAGGAGACGACCGUAGCGAUUAAGAAAGUGACCAACGUUUUUUCGAAAACGUUGCUGUGCAAAAGAUCACUAAGGGAAUUGAAAUUGUUGAGACAUUUUAGAGGUCACAAAAACAUAACAUGCCUGUAUGAUAUGGACAUUGUUUUCACACCUGAUGGGUCGUUCAAUGGAUUGUAUCUUUACGAAGAACUCAUGGAGUGUGAUAUGCAUCAGAUCAUCAAAUCGGGCCAGCCUUUGACAGACGCACAUUAUCAAAGUUUCAUAUAUCAAACGCUUUGUGCUUUGAAAUACAUCCAUUCUGCAGACGUGUUGCACCGAGACUUGAAACCGGGCAAUUUGCUUGUGAACGCGGACUGUCAGCUCAAAGUAUGUGAUUUUGGCUUGGCAAGAGGUUAUUCGGAAAACCCGGAUGAAAAUAACCAAUUUUUGACUGAGUAUGUUGCGACCAGAUGGUACAGAGCUCCUGAAAUUAUGCUAAGUUACCAAGGGUAUACUAAGGCAAUUGAUGUGUGGUCAUGUGGUUGCAUUUUGGCCGAAUUUUUAGGCGGGAAACCGAUUUUCAAGGGAAAAGAUUACGUGGAUCAAUUGAAUCGUAUUUUGCAAAUUCUAGGUACACCACCGGAAGCGACUCUUAAGCGAAUUGGCUCCAAAAAUGUUCAAGACUAUAUUCAUCAACUGGGUUACAUUCCCAAAGUACCUUUCAGCAGAUUAUACCCAGAUGCGAAUCCGCAAGCGCUAGACUUACUAGAAAAAAUGCUGACAUUUGACCCACAAGACCGAAUUACGGUCGAUGAAGCAUUGAAGCAUCCGUAUCUAUCGAUAUGGCACGAUGCCGCAGAUGAGCCUGUCUGUACCGAGAAAUUCGAUUUCGGGUUUGAAGCGGUCAGUGAAGCCGACGAGCUUAAAGAGAUGGUAAUUCAAGAGGUGGAAGAAUUUAGAAGUUUCGUAAGACAGCCGCUCAUCGAAGAAGCCGAAUUACAGCAGCAAGAAACCGAGGCUAAACACCAAUUACAACAAGAACAAGAACUGCAACAUGGAUUAGGAGCCGGUAAACUUGUCAAUGACGGUUCCUCCCUCGACGAUAGUGACUUUAAACAGCAUAUGUUGCUAGCUCAGCAGUCUUCAGUGCCUUCUGAGCUGCAAGAUCAAUUCAUUGGUAUCCAUUCCGACAACUUGCCCGAGCAUGACACCGAUUUCCCACCACGACCUCACGAAAACUUGCUCGCGUCUCCACUAGACGCGGCCAAUUGUCUUGAGAAAACCGCUUCUUUCGACACGGACGGCGAACUGGCGAAUUUUCUUGACUUGGAAAGGGAAUUAGAAUUUGGCUUAGACAGAAAGUACCUUUAA